UCCUCUGUUAGAGCGACGAAAGCGACACGACCCGGCCGUAUAAAUCCACGCCGUCCGUCGCCGCCGGAUCCCGCGAGCACAGCACACCCCACGAGUUUCCUGUCGAAGAGAGGACGACGCCUUUUGGCGUCGUCCUGUCCUUUUCUUUUCGAAAGGGUCCCUCUGCUGCGCGCCGAGCGGCGAUGGCGGCGGCGCCGGCGCCCCUGCCGGCGGCCGUCGCAGAUUGGUGGGAGCGCGUGAACGGCUCGCCGGCGUGGCAGGACGGGAUCUUCUGCGCCCUCGCCGUGCUCUACGGCGUCAUCGCCGCCGCCUCAUUCAUCCAAGUUGCCAGGAUACAGCGCAGAGUUCCUGAAUAUGGAUGGACAACCCAAAAGGUCUUCCAGUUCCUGAAUUUCGUGGUCAAUGGGGCCAGGUGCUCUAUCUUUGCUUUCCGUCGCCAAGUGCAACAAGUGAACCCUCCGAUCUUUCAGCAUGUUAUUCUUGACCUUCCUGGGCUUGCAUUCUUCACUACCUAUGCGCUGUUAGCACUUUUCUGGGCUGAGAUACUUUACCAAGCACGUGGACUAAUGACUGAUCGACUUCGAUCAGGUUUCUACAUCAUUAAUUGUGUUGUUUAUGCAUUGCAGGGUUUUCUAUGGCUGUGUCUCUGGUGGAAUCCAAAUCAUUCUGUGCUAGUCAUUUCUAAGUUAUUCAUUGCAGGUCUUUCCUUUUUCACUGCCUUGGGUUUUCUGCUGUAUGGAGGAAGGCUCUUCAUCAUGCUGAAAUAUUUUCCUAUUGAGUCAAAAGGGAAGCAACAAAAGCUGAGAGAGGUCGGCAGAGUUGCCAGCAUAUGUUUCUGCUGUUUCUUGGCACGAUGCAUAAUGAUGUGCUUCAAUGCAUUUAACGAAGAAGCUGACCUCGAUGUUCUUGACCAUCCAAUUCUAAAUUUCUUCUAUUACCUGCUUGUCGAAAUUAUCCCUUCAUCUCUUGUCCUGUACAUUCUGAGGAGGAUUCCUGCAAAACUUCGGCUAUCUCAGUAUCACCCCCUCAGCAGCAGCUAGAGACGAGGCAUUGCUAUCUUCUGAGCUGAAAAUGGUGACUGCUGUCAAGUUAUGCAAAAUCAACCGCAAGACCCUUUGUAUAACAUUUGUAUAGGUGGCCAUCCAAAAAUUUUCUGUAGCUUAGCUAUAUCUAACCCUGUUAGUUCAGUUUACUAAUUUAUGAAAUUUAGUGUUCCUUAGUGUUAUUGAAAUUGAGCAUAUUGAAGGAAAGCACUGCUGUAAAAUUUUAACUACAUGGAAGUUGAACAAGGUUUUCUGGAGAUGAGUUUAACAGCGAGUUACUCUUUGGAAUCA